CAAACGCGACCAAGAAGCUUUCACAAUUCUCCAUGGCCGCAACUGUACACGCCGUCCUUUCCUCUCCCUCCUCCAUCCUUCGAUUUAGGGCUUCUGCUUUCCACUUCAACAUUCCUCCAAUCCGCUUCGCCUUUGCUCAACCCCGAUUCACUCUCUCCGCAAGCACGAGUGCUCUACAUGCUUCUAAUGAUGGCAUAGAUUCAGUUCCUUCAAUAUCACUGAGUUUUGACCCAGAUUCUGAUUAUGUUCCAACUCCGAUGGUUCUGAUUGAUCAAGAUUCAGAUUCUGUUGCAACAGUUGUACAGCUUAGUUUUGGAGAUCGACUUGGGGCUCUUGUUGACACGAUGAAGGCUUUGAAAGGUUUAGAUUUAGAUGUGCAAAAGGGAACUGUUACGACAGAGGGAUCAGUCACUCAAACAAAAUUUUUCAUUACCCGAAUUGAUGGACGCAAAGUUGAAGAUCCUGACAUGUUAGAGAGAAUUCGACUUACAAUCAUCAACAACCUUUUGAAGUAUCAUCCAGAGUCCAGUGAGCAACUUGCUAUGGGUGAAGCUUUUGGAAUCAAAGCUCCAGAAAAGAAGCUUGAUGUUGAUGUUGCAACUCAUAUACAUGUCAAAGAUGAUGGGCCAAAGAGGAGCUUGCUUUAUAUCGAGACUGCAGAUCGACCAGGAUUGCUAUUGGAAAUCGUCGAGAUCAUAACUGAUGUGAAUGUUGAUGUGGAAUCUGCAGAGAUUGAUACUGAAGGGCUUGUGGCCAAGGAUAAGUUUCAUGUCAGCUACAGGGGGGCUGCAUUGAGCAGCUCCUUGUCUCAGGUAAUGAUAAACUCUCUGCGGUACUAUCUUCGAAGGCCAGAAACCGAGGUGGAUAGUUACUGACUAUACAGUUUUUUUUUGUACCAAAUCAAUCCUCCCAAAGUAAUAUUUGACUAGAUACUGUGAUGAUGUUCGUUUCUGGGAUGUGAAUUUUGUCCUGAAUGGUACAAUAUGAUAAUAGGAAAUGAAUAAUAGAAAACAAAUAACACAUGCCUCAGUUUUUUGCUCCA